UACAGCCCGCGCGAGCAGCAUGCCGCCGCCUACCGCGUGCUGAAUCUCAUCUAUCUCACACAAUCUCACACAAAUCUCACACGAAUCUCACGGCGAUCUCUCGGGAUAUAUACGGUGUAUCGUGUACAAUGUUUCCCGUGGAUAAGUGAUCGGUGGAUGCCCGCGUGCAGGGGAAGUUGGCGAGAUGAAUCUCUGUACAUAUUUGCUGCUGAGUUUCUUAGCAGUGCGGGCGACGCCGGAGCCGCGGUCACUUACCACGCUUACCACACUUACCACACUCACCAUCACCAGCCCGCCGCACCACGUCGAGUUCACCAACGACACUGGUGCCAUCCUCUCCUGUUCCACCAAAGGACAGUACCAGCUGGAAUGGCUGCUAGCGGACAACACCCCAGUGACGUCCGUGGUGGGUCUGCGACGGGUGCUCGGUAACGGCUCCCUGGAGUUCCCCCCCUUCCCCGCGGCCCGCUACCGGAGGGACGUCCACGCGGCGACGUACAGGUGUCGCGUCCAGUUCGGGGGAUAUGCGGUGCUGUCCAAGAACAUACAUGUACAUGCAGUACUUUCAUCACCGUGGGAGGUGGUGGUGGGGGAGCAGUACGUGAUGUCGGGUAACGCGGCGCUGCUGCGGUGCCUGGUGCCGGCGCGGCUAAGCGAGCGCGUCGACAGCACCGAGUGGACUGCGGAGGACGGCACCGAUGUGGUGCGAUAUUUAGGUUCUAAGUACUACCGCACGGACGACGGGUCGCUGUACAUAGCGGCGGUGCGGCCCGCCGACCGGUACGCUUUCCGCUGCCGCGUGCGCGACCGCGCCACUCGACAGUACUACACUAGCUCCUAUAUAGGUCACGUGAUAGUGACGUCACCGAAGGGCCCCGUCCGGCCGCGGAUGGCAGCGGAGGGCCGCACGCACCGCGCGCAGGUGGGACAGGACGUGCGGCUGCCGUGCGUCGCACACGCCUGGCCAGUACCUACUUACAGGUGGUUUCGCGAACACCACGAGCAGCUGACACCUAUAGAACAGACGGCGUUGUGGCCGCGGGCGACCCUGGUGGGGGGUCUGCUCACCGUGGCCAGGGUGUCACGAGAGGACGCCGGCCGCUUCGUGUGCUGGCUCAACAACACCGCCGGCGGGGAGUCCGCACACUUCACUUUACUGGUCACCGAGCCAAUCUCCGUCCGCAUAAAACCAGAAGUAUUACGAACGAAGUGCAACUUGAGCGCCAAUUUCGAGUGCAAAGUUUCCGGUCAUCCUAUAGAGGUGGUGUACUGGAUCCAUAACGGGAAGGUUGUGAAGAGCAACCAGAAGGUCAGGGUAUCUGAGGACGGGUUGCGGUUACAUAUCAGGAGCUCGCAGCAGACGGAUGAGGGGGUGUAUCAGUGCUUCGCGAGCAACACCAGGGAUCAGGCGUAUGGCAUAGCAGAAUUUGUUAUUGAUGUGGCAGAGAACAAGUCGACAUCGGCGAACAGGUCGCGUCGGACGCCGAACGCGCGCAGCGCUCACACACACGACGUUGACUGGAACUUCACCGGUACUAGAGAAACCAAACCCGAGCUGGUGUAUUGGUUCUCGGAGCAGACACUACAGCCUGGGCCGAGUGUGUCACUGAAGUGUGUCGCGAUGGGACACCCCCCGCCGCAGUUCACGUGGCUACUAGACGGGUUCCCGAUACCUACUAACUCACGUUUCGUGGUCGGGCAACACGUGACGCUGCAGGACGACGUGGUCAGCCACCUCAACGUGAGCCGCGUGACGGAGCAGGACGGCGGCGAAUACGCGUGCGUCGCCGCCAACGCCGCCGGAAAAGCGUCGCAUGCGGCCCGCGUUAAUGUAUACGGCCUGCCGUACAUACGGGAGAUGCCCAAGGUCACUGCUGUGGCGGGCAGCGAUCUGCACAUCAAGUGCCCCGUCGCGGGUUAUCCCAUUGAGACCAUUAGUUGGGAGAGAGACGGACAAACCCUGCCCCUGAACCGUCGCCAGAAAGUGUUCCCGAACGGCACGUUGAUAGUGGAGCAGACACAGCGUGGCGAAGACGCCGGCACGUACACCUGCCAGGCCGCCAACCGCCAACGACACGCCGCGAGACGAGACGUCGAGGUGCAGAUACUAGUCCAACCCAAGAUCCUGCCUAUACAACCAUUAACGAAUCUACUCCGAGAAGGCAUGAGGGCAGCCAUAUCCUGUCAGAUAUUAGAAGGGGAUCUACCAAUCGCCUUCCGCUGGGAGAAGAACGGGCAGCCCGUGACGUCAUCGCCUUAUGCCCCCAGUGGGAUAAUAACUAGAAGAAUGGACGAGUAUAGCGCCUCUCUCGUCAUAGAGCAUAUAACGUCGCUGCACAGCGGGAACUAUACGUGUAUAGCCUCAAAUGUAGCCGGCUCUGAGAGGUUCACUGUACCGCUUACUGUCAAUGUGCCACCAAGAUGGCGCCUGGAGCCGAACGACAUCGCGGUAGCGGCAGGUCAGGACGUGACGCUGCAGUGCCAGGCCGACGGCUACCCCAAACCCAAUAUCACGUGGAAGAAGGCUGUCGGCAACACUCCCGGCGAAUACAAGGACUUCAUGUUUGAGGGUAGCUCGCGAGUCCUGGAGAACGGUUCCCUGGUCUUCGAGCGGGUGGCCAAGGACAGCGAGGGUCACUACCUGUGUGAGGCGCGCAACGACAUCGGUGCUGGGCUCAGCAAGCUCAUAUUCUUGAAGGUUAAUGCCCCAGCACGCUUCCCCAUGAAGAGCAAGACAGUGCAGGUGACUGCAGGAGAGGCAGCACAUCUGCAGUGCGCGGCGUCGGGCGACGCGCCGCUCGAGCUCAGCUGGCGCAGCCCACACCACCACACUAUAGCACACCACCUGGACCAGAGGUACACAAUAAGGGAACAAGUGCUAGACGACGGGCUAGUUUCCGAGCUGAGUAUCCUACAGACGUACAGACAGGACACCGGCGCGCUGACCUGCCGCGCGUCCAACGCGUACGGACAGGAUGAGAUGCUGAUACAUCUUGUGGUGCAGGAGGUUCCGGAAAUGCCUAAGAACAUCCGAAUAAUCGACCAACAGUCGCGGUCCAUACAGAUAUCGUGGACGCAGCCGUACGCGGGCAACAGUCCCAUCAUCAACUACAUCGUCCAGUACAAGGAGGCACCAGAACCCUGGCCAACCACACCUCAAAAGGUGAUAGUCCCGGGCAGCGUGACGUCAGCCAGCGUACAGAACCUACAACCAGCCACCUCUUACCACCUGCGCAUCAUAGCAGAGAACAGACUGGGUCAGAGCGAGCCCAGUCAACUAGUGCAAGUUACCACUACUGAAGAAGUGCCAAGUGGUCCGCCUCUGGACGUACGAGUAGAGGCCAAGAGCUCCACUGAGCUGUCAGUAAGCUGGGACCCGCCGCAGCGGGACCUGUGGAACGGCAAUAUUCUGGGAUACUACGUGGGGUUUCAGGAGCUGAACAGCAACUCCACGAUACUAAGCGCGAGCGGUCCCGGUGGCACGUCUUACACUGUACGCACGGUGGAGGGGGCGGGGACUGCGCGUGCGCGCACCGCGUUGUCCGGGCUACAGAAACACGCGGCGUACGCGGUGGUAGUACAGGCGUAUAACAGCCGCGGCGCCGGGCCUGCGUCGCCGCCCACUACGGCCACUACUAUGGAGGAUGUUCCCAGCCUCCCCCCUGGCUCUCUACAGUGUUCAGCGCUGAGCUCGCAGUCGGUACGUGUGACGUGGGAGCCGCCUCCACAACGCGGACGCAACGGCGUCGUACAGGGAUACAGGGUGACUUACGCACCGGUCACGGAUUGGUAUGGCAACGAGGAAGCAGUAACCAAGCAGAUAUCUGGUCUGCACACGACGCUGUCGGGUCUGCGGCGCUACACCAACUACUCGGUCACCGUGUGCGCCUUCACCGCCGCCGGCGACGGCGUCCGCGCCGCGCCCGUCUACUGUCACACUGAGGAGGAUGUUCCAUCAGCGCCGGCAGACAUAAAAGCAGUAGUAUCAUCUCGGAACAAGAUCCUGGUGUCAUGGCUACCACCAGCUUCACCCAAUGGCGUCCUGGUCGGCUACACCCUGUACAUGAGCGUUAUUGAAGAUGGACGCGAGGAGGGUACCCAUAAGCGUAUGCUGUCACCCAGUACGUUAUCCCACGAGAGCGCCCGCUCGCCCGCCCGCGCCGCGCACCAGUUCUGGGUGUCAGCUGCCACGAGGCUGGGGGAAGGAGACGCCACCAGGGUCCUGACUGUGCUGCCUUCUGACACCGUACCAGCAAGAAUAACGUCCUUCAGUCGGAGCAUAGUGACGCCAUGGAAGGAGAACAUAUCGCUGGCGUGCAACAAAGUGGGCAUACCUACUCCCUCAACAACUUGGAGUAUGAACGGAGCGUUAUUGGAGUCCACCUUGAGGAAAAACGUCACGAGCGACGGGACCCUUAUUAUCAGCAUGACCCAGUACCUAGACAGCGGUAACUACACAUGCUCCGUGGAGAACAUCCAUGGGCGUGAUGAGGUCACGUACUUGGUGGAGGUGAAGGUGCCUCCGCAGCCGCCAGUACUGGCUGUCGUGGACUCGUACGCUGAUUCCCUGCAUCUGCAGUGGAGCGACCAGGGCGAUGGGGGUAGUCCUAUACUAGGCUACGUAAUAAACUACAAGCGCGAGCACGGCGACUGGGAGGAGCUGCAGGUGGAGGCGGGCACGUCGGAGCACGUGCUGCCCAACCUGUGGUGCGGCACGCGCUACCAGCUCUACAUCACCGCCUUCAACCGCAUCGGCACCGGCCUGCCCUGUGACAUUGUCCAUGCGUACACUAAGGGGACUGUGCCCGUAAAGCCGAAGCACUCUCAGAUGAUUACCCUGAACACGACGACGGUGACUGUGUGGCUGGACUCGUGGGGGGACGGCGGCUGCGGGAUCCUGUACUUCGUCAUCGAGUACCGGGAGGUCGGACAGUCACAGUGGCGGCUAGUGUCGAACAGCGUGCAGGCGACAGAGCGCGUAUACAGCGUGGCGGGGCUCGCGGCGGGCGCGCGUUAUCAGCUGCGCAUCACCGCGCACAACAACGCGGGGCAUGCGCUCGCGCUGUACAACUUCACCACGCAUGCGCUGACUGAGCUGGUGGAAGGGGAGGUGCCGGCGGCGGCGGGCGCGGGGUCGCGGGGCCUGGGCGGCGCGCGCGUGCUUCUGCCGGCUGCGCUGUCGCUGCUCGUGCUCGCCGCACUCGUCGCCAUCGUGCUGCUAGUGCGCCGCAACAAGGGCGGCGGCACGGCGACCGCGACCACAGCGGCAGCGGGCGAGUCGCCGACAGUCGCGCAGCUACAGAACAAAGCUAACCGCGACCAGCAGUAUUUAGCGGCGCGCGCGCAGCAUCCCGCACCCACGCACCAUUAUAAACACGCAUCCAACGAAUACAUCGAGGAUAUUUGCCCGUACGCGACGUUCCAACUGACUAAACCGACAUACAGCGAGAGCAGCUACAGCGGCAACGUCUACAGCGGCCCCUACCACUCCGUGCGCGGUUCCUUCGUCUACCACGAUCUUAAGCAGAAUGAUAAAUACAAGGGUAAAGAGCCAGAGUACACGAAAGUGCGCAGAAAAGGAAACAGGCUUCGGGACCCGCACUCCGAGAGUCAAGAGUCGGACAACCUGGGCUCGACGGACUCGGAGGUGAAGAAGAUACUAACGCUGCACCUGCCCAUUACAGAGUACGAGGACGACGCGAGCGACGACGCUUCCGCCCCCCGCUCCGACAGCGAGCCCCAGAGACUCCGCCCCGCGCACCCCGCUGCUUAUCCGAGCGUGGAGCGGGAGGAGUCCUCUUCGUCGUCGGAGAAUUCCGUCGGUGGGGUUGUGCGUAAGGCGUUCCCGUCGAGGAAAGGCAAGGCCGGGGCCCUCGGCAAGAGACACGUACGAUCCUCCAGCGGAUAUAGCAGCCACAACGACGAGACUACUUUUAGCCGCAGGACGAAGCUUCAUCGGAUCAAUCACAGCUCGAACAGCGACCGCACUUGAACAGAGUGCAGACAGAGGCAGACUAGAGAAAGCAACAACGUUCACUAAAUAUCUACAAGGCUUUGAUAUCUACAAGUAACUAAAAACAUGAUACCUUUCGAGAGGUAUUAUUGGAACCUUUCUAUUGAUUUUAGAUUUAUUGGAACCUUUCUAUUGAUUUUAGAUUUCAUUUUAUGACAUUAUAAUUACCUAUAUAAUAAUUUAAUAAUAGUAAAAUGGAAAAUAUCAAAACUAAGCCAGUUACUUACUACACUGCCAGCUAUACACAACGUUGCACUAUUUUUACCGUAAAUCUUUACAGUAAAAUACUUGUUAAUUACAAUUUUAGACUAUUUUGCAAAAUCUUGUUUAAAACACAAUAUUAAGAUUAUACUUAGUACUUUUACAUCUGAAGCACUAUGAUAAUGAAAUCGGAAAUGUAAGAUUUAAAACUCUAUUUAAGAAUUUUACACUACUUGUCAGACUUUUAAAUAUUUGAUCUACUGUUAUAUGUAUCUAAAUAUUCAUUUGAAUUACGGCCGUUCACAAUAUUUGAUCUAUC